GUGGGCGUCGUUGAUUCGUGUUGUGAAAAAUCUCAAAUGGCGCAAGAAAUAUCUGCUCGAAUAAUAUCGGAUGAAAGCAAUGAGAACAACGCCAUCGUAGAUUUGAAAUCUCUCGUCAAAGAUGAAGUCGAUGACGAAAGGAACAACGCUGCGAGUUCUGAAACGGAACAGAAUGUGCUGGAUGUAACGCAAGCUCUUUUCCAAAAUGAAGAUAAAGCAAAUGAUCAUGCAGGAAGUGAUAGUGAUGAUGACGACGACGACGACGACAGUGGCACAGACAACGUUAACGUUUACAAGGCAGGGACCCAAUUUAAGAGAUCUGAGCACAGUGGAGGAAUUAAUUCAAAUUUACCAGACACAUUUCAAACAGGACAACUGCUGUUUUAUGAAAGGUUCAAAGCCUACCAGGACUACAUACUAGGUGACUGCAAGCCUUCAGAGGUCAAGUCUUUUACUGCUGACUACUUAAAAAAAGUGGUGCAGUCAUUCGGUUGGCAAGCUCUCUGGUCUGCUGAGUUGUUUGAUGUUCUGGUGGAGGUUUGUGAUGUGGACUUCAGCGAGCUAAAGGCUACUGUGAAGCUUGUGCUUCCUCUGCAGUGUGAGGUCAGAGGAUGUGAAAUUAACAAAGAAGCCAUUGCAGAGCUGUUGGAGGCAACCCAGCACAAAGUCCCUCUAAUGGAGCUUCAGAUUGUCUAUGAAGAGUCAGGAGACUACGAUCAGAUUGCCUUGGGCAUUGAGCAUCUCAGAUUCUUCUACAAGCAUGUCUGGAGACUGUGGGAUGAAGAAGAUGAAGAUGAUGACUUUGACUACUUUGUCCGUUGUGUAGAGCCUCGGCUCAGACUACACUAUGACAUCUUAGAGGAACGAGUCCCAGCAGGUCUUGUGUCAGAAUACAAGAUCGUAUUGGAAAAAUGUACAGAGUGCUUCCAGCAGUUUUCACUGCUACGUAGCAGCAUCAGCAGUGACUCUGACUCAGAGCUGGAUAAUAUAUCCAUGGUGGAGGGCCUGAAGCUCUACGAACAGCUGGAAACAUUCAAGCGGAAGUUGUACUUCAUUGAGAACCCAUUGUUGAGGUAUGUGCUGGGCUACAAAGGUAAUGCCCGACAUCAGUUCAUCCAGAGUCGUGGGCUGAGAGAAUCAUGCAUCAAGGUGGCCCAUGUGGUCUCAUCCUCCUGCACCGCAAAUCAGCUCCAUUCCCUUCUGAAUGACAGGCUUCUACAGCAGUUUUCUUCUGAGGACACUGAAGUCCAGUUCCAUAGAGACCCAGUUUCUGCGGUGGAUUCCUGCUAUCAGGGUGACAUGGUAUUUGUUCUCCCGGGAGUGUACAGUGUUACCAACUCCAUCCUACUUCCAGACUCUAUCACAAUAGAGGGGUUUGGACUCCCUGAUGAGGUGGUGAUUGAGAAGAAAAACAAGGGAGACUCAUUUAUUGAGUCUACAGGAGCGGAUGUCAGAAUGUCCAACAUUAAGUUUAUUCAACACGAGGACAUUGAGGGUAUUUUAUGUGUGAGAGAGGGAAAUAUGUCCAUUGAGAAUUGUGUGCUUCAGUGUGAGACCACCGGAGUUGUUGUCCAAGCAUCUGCCCACCUCACUAUGAAUAUGUGUGAUAUAUAUGGAUCCAAGGGGGCUGGUGUUGAGAUUUAUCCUGGCAGUGCGUGCACUCUGGUUGGCAAUGGCAUCCACCACUGUAAGGAUGGGAUUCUCAUCAAGAUGAAGCAACCAACGGACUUCGUUGGUGAGGUGGAGGUGAUCCCUUCAAUCACUAUGGAUAACAAUGUGAUUCAUAAUAAUGAAGGCUAUGGGGUGGUUCUUGUGAAACCCACCCACAGUAAAGACAGGAACAUUUAUAUUGAGAAAUGUGCUGACAAAGAUGAGCGUGUAGAUGUCGAACAAAUGUUUGAAGACGGACUGCGGAAGAAUGUUGUGGGACACCCAAUCGCCUCACCAAGCCAGAUUACAGGCAACCCAGAAGACGCUCCACCAAAGUUGACAGAGAAUACACAUCAGGACAGUAAUGUGAACUCAGCAAGGAAUUGGCAAUUUUGUUGUCAGCCAAGCAUAAACAGGCAUACAUCCUGUACCCUAGCUAUGCAAGACAUGAUUGCACACAAGAUAUUCAUCUCCAUCGAGGGAAACCAGUUCAGACGCAAUGGCAUGGGUGACUUUGGCACUUUUUUAUACUAAGAAAUACAGAUUGUUGACAAAUAACAUGCUCUGAUCUACAAAUGUAUUUAAUACUUUAAUGCACUGUGGACUUUUAUUUUAAUUUAUGGCAAUUGAUUUGCAGUCUAGGGUGUACACUGCCUCUCACCCUAAGUCAGAUGCCUUAACGGUUGUAGAAAUCGGACCUCUCCCAAGGUAAUAAUGUAACUCAUUCAGGCCCAUGUUACACUUCAUCAAAAAGUUUACAUCAAUAUAUUUGUUUUCUUUUGACUGUUGACCAAAGUAUUGGAGUAAAAUACAGUUGCAUCCAGAAGUAUAAGAAAACAAAUAUUUUGAUGAGCCCAAUUGUUUUUGGACAAUUGACAUAAUUCUAAAUGGAACCAUUUUUAUGACUUGAAACCCCUUUGUAGUCAAUGACUGCUUAUGGACUUCAUUGUUCCUUCAAACGUUCACUGCAGCCAGUUUAGUUGCUGCAUGUUUGUAGGUUUUGCCUCCAGUAAUUGAAAAUUCUUACAAAGGAUUUUCAUCCAAGUAUUUAAAAAAAGAAAAACGAUAGUAUUGUUUAGUUCUGACAGUUGUCCACAUACCAUACAAGCCACAGCUUAAAAUUGGUGUAUUCCUGAACAUUAACUACCAUAUUCUUUAAUCACAUCUUGAUUGUGUUAUUUCAAAUCCACUGUGUUAAUAUACUGUAUAAUGGGAUAAUAAGAAAACCCCUGUAAUUGUCCAAAUACUACUGGACCUAAAUAUGUAUUUUCAAAGUGGUGAAACUGUAUUACCCAUUGUGUUAUUUGGUCGUCUAUGACUCGAAGUUGGCAAAUCAACAGAUGACUGAGGUGGAAUAAGCAUACCAAACAAUGGCAACAAUAAUAAUAAUUAAAAAAAAAAAAAACUCACUGGUAAUAAAUAUCCAGUAAUCUGUCAACUAAUUUGACAUGUAAAAUACAUUCAUCUCUAAUGUAGUGUUUCAUAACACAGUGCUACACAUACUACAGAGGUCAGAGAAAUUAAUCCUUUUGAAGUGUAACAUAUAUAGGGAGAGAGAAAGUUCCAGAGGAUUUUAGAAAUCUGACCUCUCCCAAUGUAAUGUAACUUAUUCAGGCCCAUGUUACACUCAGUCAAAACGUUUACAUCUGAUAUCUAUAUAUAUAUAUAUAUUAAUUCAUUCAUUCCCUCCCCUGUGGUCUGAACACUAAAAUGCCCAUCUUUUAAAUGAUGACUUAAAUGAAAACUCUUUUAAAAGUUUUGAUGAAGAGAUUUCUAUAUUCUUGUACAGUAUUUUUGUUGGUUUUAGUUUGGUGCACUGACCCUGUCAAGAUGAUCACAAACGGUAAAAGGUAUUUUUAUUUCAAAUGGUGACAUUAUUUUUAGUACAUUUGGGGUUGUAGUUUGUGUUUAAGUCUAAGUUGUGUGUUCUAUUCAUAUACUGUAACGCGCAAAAUUAGAACGUGUGUCACUUGACUCUAGUCGAUGUUAUAUAAAUUAAAUUUUGAGUUGGACAAUACUUUGUCAAGAUUUUUUUGUUUUGUUUUU